UUUACUGAAUAGUACAGAAUGGAUGGGAUUCGAUUGACCACGUCGCCAAUUCAAAAUAGGACUCUCUGAUUGAUUAAUCGUUACCUAGGUACAGGUCGAUAUAAUUGGCUGUGGUCAAUCGCAACGUGGUUAAACAAGACGCUCCCGUACAGAAUAAGCAAAACAUUCUUGGUUCUUGUGCUGAACGAAAGAGAUUAGAGUUUCAUAGCACGAUUUAUUUACGCAGAGAUGGCAGAGAAUUUUGGAAGAGAACCGCCAUCGGCUUACAACGAAGAGAACAAGACUGCAGGUCAACCGUUGUCGGACUUUCUGUUGCAAUUAGAAGAUUAUACACCUACGGUACCUGAUGCCAUCAGCGAGCAUUACUUGCAUACAGCUGGUUUCAAUACUACAGAUCCCAGGAUAGUACGUUUGGUAUCUCUAGCAGCACAAAAGUUUAUUUCGGAGAUUGCCAAUGAUGCGCUGCAGCAUUGCAAAACACGUGGUGCCAAUCAAAACACAAAGACAAAAGGAAAAGAUCGACGGUAUACACUGACAAUGGAAGAUCUGACACCAGCAGUUGCAGAAUAUGGCAUAAUAGUAAAGAAACCACAUUACUUUGUGUAAAAAUUUAUUUUAUUAAUACAAUUGAAUAUAUUUAUUAUAAAGGUGCAUUAAGGUGCAAUUUCAUUGAUGCUAAAAAGUAGCGUCAAUCAUUGGUUGAACAAAGAAGUAAGUAGUUGCUUCUUUGUUCAGUGUCAAUGAAAUUGCACCUUUAUAUUGAUGACAAUAUAAAGUAACUGCAUUUGGAUGCAGAACCUGUCAUCAAUUAAUUUAAUUGCACAUGUAAUAAAACUAUAUGAAUAUCUCCUGAAGAAGAUUAAUUAUAAUAUAU